AUGGACGUGACGGAAACGGUCGAAAUUACAUCUCCUGUCCUGCAAGUGAACGACACACAAACUUCCAAACUAGUGCCUCCCCAAGGCAGCGUAACAACUAGUGUCCCUUCAACCUUCCUACCCGACGAUCUGGGUUCCACGACUCCAAUGAUGCCUACAGAGGAUAGUGCGGUAACAGUCACCGAAACGGUCCCUGUCAGCACGAUGGAAAGCCUGUCAACCGAAAGCGAGACAGUAGCCAGCAUUCCUAAUGUUACCAGCGAGAUCCCCCGGGUGUCGGAUAUCGUUGUGACAAUCCCAUCUACCGAAGCGUAUGUGAGUUCAGUUGCGACAGAAACAAUCCCUUCCACGGAGGAGUUAGCUACUGCUCCGUUGAGUACCUCUGAGAUUCCAGACACAAAUAUGUCUGCUAUGCAAACGCCAUCUGUGCCCACAGUUAUAUCGACGGCAAUGCCUGAACUGAUUGGCUCCACAGCGACAACAACAACGGCUGGCACAACAACCGAUGUUCCAGAACCAGAUCUCGCUAUGACCACUGACACUGCAGUUCCGGUGAUUUCCACGGGGCCUCAGACUGGGCAGACCGACCCCCCUACUGUGACAACGGCUUCGACUCCAAGACUGGAGGUUUCAACUUUGCCACCAUCAGUUAUAAUCUCCGAGUCCGGCGGCACUACGUUCCCAGUCGAUCCAUUUAACACUACAAGGAGUCCAGAUGUGGCUGGGGCGACAACUCCGAAGUCCACUUCACCGGGUCUACCGGGCUACGUCCUGUUGGGGUCCGCCGGUAUGCCGGAUUGGCGUCUCUACCUGAUUAUGGUUUCUGUCAUUGCCUUGGCGCUAAUCAUGAUCAUGCUCAUUGGCUGGAUCAUCACCUGCGUCUGUAUGAGGGUAAGUUCUAGCUGUCUAUUUUAUUACUACAUUUCACAUUCUGGGUAUAUCAAAGUAUCAGCAAUCGGGGGCGGUGCGGAGUGA